ACCUGGACACACUGACACACACACCUGGACACACACACACCUGGACACACUGACACACACACCUGGACGCACCGGGUCGCAGCAGGGAAGUCCACCUGUGCUUUUAUAAUUCACAUUUUGGUAGUUGUGUAGUUCUCCGAGCAGCUAGCUACCCGCUGUUAGCCUCGGCAGCUAACGCUAACCGGGCUGAUGCUAACGGCUGCUAGCUAAGCCCGCGGCGGGUUUUGACGUGUGUCCGCUGUGUGUCCCGGCAGGCUCUGCUCACCUGACCGGGGAGACGUUUGGACGGUUUAGACUCGGCAUGAAGGUGGAAGCAGAGUGUGAGUGAGCGGUUGUGGUGUCACCUGAGGCUGAAGCUCUGAACCAAUCAGAAACCUCUCAGGUGUGUUUGGCAGGAAGUGUGUGAACGCCCUCAUGAGCAGCAGGAGCCGCCGGUCCCGUGCGAGGAGCCGGUCCCGCUGUUUGGGAUACAAACACAUGACAGGCAGCUGCUCCAGAGCCACAGCACACAAACCCAGAUGGUCUGAAGAGGAGGACCAGAAGCUGCAGAGGCUGGUGAGGCAGUUUGGACCAGACGACUGGCCCUUCAUAUCCCAGCAGUUCAAGGGUCAGAGGUCAGAGGUGGAGUGUCAGCGGCGCUGGCAGAAGAUGCUGAACCCCGAGCUGGUCAAAGGCCCCUGGACCAAGGAGGAGGACGACAGGGUCAUCCAGCUGGUGCGGAGGUACGGCGUGCAGCGCUGGUCGCUCAUCGCCAAGCACAUGCAGAGCCGCAUCGGGAAGCAGUGCCGCGAGCGCUGGCACAACCAUCUGAACCCCAACGUGAAGAAAAGCAGCUGGACGCAGGAGGAGGACCGCGUCAUCUACCAGGCCCAAAGGCUGCUGGGAAACCGCUGGGCGCACAUCUCCAAACUGCUGCCUGGCAGGACAGACAACUCCAUCAAAAACCACUGGAACUCCACUCUGAGGAGGAGGGUGGAGAGGGAGGGCUACCUGCAGGACACGCCCCCAUCCUGUAGCUGCUCCUGUAGCUCCGCCUCCAGCUGCUCCUGUAGCUCCGCCUCCAGUUGCUCCUGUAGCUCCACCUCCAGCUCCUCCUCCAUCAAAUCUACAGUCAGGAGGAGGUCCAGGACCUGCACAGACUCUGUCCCUGAUAAGGCCGAGUCUUCCUCCUGCAGCCGCAGCGUGAAGGACGAGGCGCCGCCCAGCAGCCAAGACCACGCCUGUCUGUCGGCCCGCAGCCCCCCCGCCCGCCACCCCGCCUCCUCCUCCGACAGCUUCGACUCCUCCCCCACCGCGUACCAGCUGGCGUGGCCACUGGAGCAGAUGGAGAUGGAGCCGGCCGCCUGGACCUGCAGCCUGACUGAAGUGCCGCCGCCGCCGCUGCAACAGGAAGUGACGUCAUCCUCCAUCUACGGAGAGGAGGCGGAGCUGUCCAUCACCGACCUGAGCAAGAGCUAUGUCACGGACGUGCAGGAGCGGUCGGACGGGCUCCUCGGCGGCAGCUCCUCCUUCCUGGACGGCAGCUCCUCCUGGAGCGGGACCCACCUGGGGCCGCUGCCCUUCUCCCCCUCAGAGUUCCUGAACAUGUGUAGAGGCGAGGAUCUGAAGCUGGACCGGCCUGCGCUCACCUCCACGCCGGUCCGACCCCGGAGCAGCCUGGGCCAGCGGCCGCAGACGGAGCUCCAUCUCAGCACCGAGACUCCCAGCGGGGUCACAAACCUGCUGCUGCCGACUCCUCAAACCCCGACGCCGUUCAAAACCAGCUGGAGCAGCCAGGAGCAGUGUGUAGACUUCCCAGAGGACACUGAGCUGUUGCUGGGGGUGAUGGAGAUCUCUGAGGUUCCAGCCGGGUGGAGUUUUCCUCUGGAGGUGUGGAGCGACAGUCCUGACGGGUCACAGCCCUUCAGCUGCUCUCAGGUCCAGGGGGAGUCCCUGCUGAGUGGAGCCCAGCUGGGUGCUUCUGUUCUGGGCUGCAUGGAGGAGCUGGGCUGCUGUCCUGCUGACGGAGCUCAACCAAACCACCUCCUCUACCCAGAAUUCCCUGUGUGCAGACCGCAGGUAGAGCUGAGCGGUGACUGGGCCGCCGUCGUGUUGGGGAAGACAGACGACCAGCUGACGCUCACCGAGCAGGCCAGGCUCUACAUGGAGCCCCAGACCGCCCUGAUCUGGAGCCUGGCCCGGGCCUGGACCCCUCAGUCCUGGACCUCCUCAGUCGUGGACCUCCUCUGACCUGGACCUCCUCUCACCUGGACCCCCACUGACCUGGACCCGGACUGAUCUGGACCCGGUCUGACCUGGAGCCAGUUUGAAAUAUUCCAUCUGUGUGAUUUUUAUUGCUUGACUUUGCUGCUUCAGUUUCUCUGUGAAACUGUGAUGAGACGUGAAGUUUUCUCAGCCUUUAUUUGAUUUCAACUUAAUUUCUAGCACUAUAGUUUAUUUCACUAUAAUUUAUAGCACUAUAAUUUCUAGCACUAUAGUUUAUUGCACUAUAAUUUGUUGCACUAUAAUCGCUGCUGCCCGGUGACAUGAAACACAAACACAUUUUAUUUGUUUAUCAUUUGAACUGAAACUGUCAGCGCCCCCUUGUGUUGAAGGACCUUUACUGAGAGUGAAACCUGCUGAGCGCCCGACGUGUCGCUCCAGAGACUGAAGGAGGAAGUCAGCUUUUUUUUUUUUAUUGCUGAAAAAGACACACUGAGAGGAAAACUGUUGUUCUGUCACCUGUUUAAGACUUGAAGCUCAGAAGCACUUUUAUUAUUUUUAUUGCUUUAUUGUCCAGAAGCUUCUCUUGUCCUGUGCUGCAUGCUUAGGAUUUUACAGUUUUCAAUUUUUUAAAUCUCACAACCAGUAGAUCAUGGUUUGGCAAUUCUUAGUUUUCAGCUAACGUAACUUUUAACUGUUCAUGUUGUUGUUGUCAUAUUUUUACAAAAGUCACCAGCAGUACCAGUGAGCCUCUGGCUGCUGGAUGUUUGGCUCUUCAGGCUUCAGCUUCCUGCUCUGCUCAUUUUAAUGCUUCAGCCCGCAGGAGCCUGACUGGUUGUGAAGACGUCUGUGGUAAGAAAGUGGAGUUGACUGGAGCCGCUUUAGAGUGAGACAAAGAAGUGCCAUGGAAACACCAGUGACUUCACUUAGAAUGCAAGUUUUAUUCAGAAAAGUCAGUAACCCAGGUAGUUGUACAUUAAUGCCACGUUAUGUUUUGAAUUCUAGAUUUGUCAUUUAUGGCUGAAAGUCUUCAGUUUGUGGUCUUUUGUUUUCUUUGCUCUGAAGACAAAGACACAGAUUUAAAGUGACCUCACCUCGCCUCUAUGUGGCUCAUCCACUUUUAUCAUUUCCUUUUUAAUCAGAUAUUUGCUUGAUUUCUUAAUAGAUCAUUUAUUUUAAUUUUAUUUAUGACAGAAAUACAGUGUGAAUCCAGGUGAGCAUUAUUAAGGAGCUGAUGCUCAUCUGGGAUUAACAUUUGAACUGUUCAGCUUUACAGUUUUUUAUGUGUAGGAAUGUCUUGUGCAAUAAACAGAAAAGUGAGUGACUGACGUGUUUUACUGAACUGAGCCGCGUGCAGCACAGGCAGGAGACAGCAGACACACUGGAUUUAAGUUCAGUUUUAUACAGAAACAUAAUGCAACAUAACGAACCUGCAGCACACGGAAACAGCAAACCAAUAAUGUGCACAUGAAAAAAAA